AUGGCAACAUUAUUGCACCCCCUGGCUCCCAUUUCUAAUAUGCUGCUGCCGUUGACAAACGGCCACACUUCUCAUACUCAUAUCCCUAGCCAGUCUGACACAACUGCAACCCCAACCCCACCUGCAACUUCCACAUCCCCACAUACGGCUAUUUCUACUGCACCCAAUAAAGAUGAAUUGGGCACAUCUUUAUCGAAAAACGGUUCACAGGGGGUGAUUUUGAAUAAUGCAACCGCCGUGACUGACGUUAGCUCGGCCUUAAACACUCCUGCAAGAAUGACCGGACCCCGAGAUAUGACUAUGCAGACUGUAUCAACUCAGACCGAUAAUAACAACGAAUUGCAGCGUGGUACAAAGUUUUUUGCCACUACCGAACUUUACGCUGCUCACUAUCUUCGCACAGCGGAAGCUCACGAGUUGCCAAGCUAUCCUACCAUAGGAUUGCUACAUCCUGAGGCUGCUGGAGCUUCGGCGGCGUUAUUGGCUCACCGUGAUCAUAGACCGGUGGAAAUCUGGAGACCAAACUCUAUUGCCGCCGCUGGAGCCGCCGCUUCCCUUGCACACAGCAACCCAAAGUCCGUGAACAUUUGGGAACCUGCCCCGAGUGAACCUGCGGGGAAAGCUGCUCUCCACGCCCUUGAAGACCCUUCUUUCCCGCAGCCAUAUACAAUGCCUGAGUCAUUCAAGCGUUGGUCGUUGUCUGGCGCCAUAGGAGCGAUGCAAAGCUCAAAGGAAAAAAGACGGCGCUCCGGAUCUUCUCCGAUGCCUUUGACUAUUCGUCAGGAAACCGAAGCGGCCAGCGCGGGAAAUAGCGCUUUGACAGCUGCAACUAUUGCUCACAUGCCACCUACUCGGCGUCUCUCUGUCGCCACAGGAGCAGACCCGACUUCGGAGUACGUCGCAGAAAGCAAGGUGCUCAACGCGGGCAGGGUUCCACAGCAGGAUAAGCGCAAGUCGGACGUACUCCGUGCAGCCACAAUUUCAAUGUCUAAAAGUAGCCGCCGUACCACCUUACCUGAUGUACCAAGACAUGACCAUUCAGCGCAAUCUGUCCCUGCGACAACCCCGCCAUCGAGGCGAUUUAAUUCAAAUAUCCAAGAGGCCGCUCGCAAAGUUGCAGCUGAGCGUUUAGCAAAGAUAGGCUACGAUACUGAUCGUACACUCUCAGCUUCUCCUCUCGGGGCUCAAGCUGCUCAGACUUCGAUCAACCGCUCUCAUACUGUCCCCAACGCAGGAUCGAGUGAUAUUGGCCAAGCUCGUAAUACCGAAGCAGAUAUGGCACUUCUUCGUGGGGACAUAGCGCGGGCUGAUGCAAAAAAGCGUGGUGAGAACGCUUUCUUACUCAUGUCUGCUGCUCAGCGAAACGUUCAAGCCAAGCUGUCGGGAAUAGAUAAGCAAGUCGCAGAUUCUCGGGGGCUCGCGAGACGUGAAGAUUGGGAACCCAGGGCCACUCAAAUUGCACAGGCGGAGUCUGAAAAACGUACAGAGAACCAUGGGAAGAUCAGCAUCGGAGGCGGCGCAUAUAUGGCGCCGGAGGAAAUCGAUGCAAUUGCACAAAGAAAUGUACAGCCGUUGUUGGAAAAUAUUAAUAGAAGGGCAAACGCAGAGAGGGCUAGGAUAGAUUCUGAAAGAGCUAGAGAAUUAGAGGAACAUUUGGAUAUUGGAGAAUCAAGACGGGUGCAAGCCCUACAUCAAGCAAGAGAAAGGGAGACACGUGAGGAUAUCCGGAGGGCUAGAGCCAUCGAAAAAGAGGACGAGAAACGCCGGAAAGAAGAGGAAAAGCGAGCAGUAAAGGGACGGAGACAGCCUUCAAAGAUCGACAGCAGAGGUGGUGGGGAUUUGGGUGGACUAGGUGAUGGUAGUCCCAUAUCCCCCACAUCACCCUUACCGGACAGCAAAGAGGGGAGGAUUAGAGGGCUUUUCAAUAGAUUUAGAAGACGCCAAAGUCGCCAAAUCAGUCGUGAUGAAAAAGAGGCUGUUGCCAUCAGCGCCCCGAUAGGUGCCAGCGAAGACCGAACGGCGUUCAACAGGAGUCCGCGGCCAGAAUCUGCAUUCAGAAUCCCCCGCCGUAUAUCAUCGAUUAUAGUACCGAAAGUGAAUGGAGCACCCCAAGGACCUGUAGGGAUGCGGUCAGUUUCAGCAGCGGGUAUGCAGCCGAUAAGGACAGAUGGAGGUGAUAAAACUCUGGUGAGGCGUCGACAUUCGUUAUCUAGUAUAGGGGCGGGUGGUUACCACUUUACGGUUAGGAGACGGACAGGAGACGCAGCGACCCCCGAUGAUCAAGGUACCAAGAAAGGCAAAGGAAAACUCCUUCGGAAAAAAACCAAGGAUUUUGCCAAGAUCAAUGGCCGGAUCUCGAGCACCGAAGAUCACUCGGAGUAUCCCGACGAGGCAAGGGACACAUUCUCACAGCAGUCUCCAACGUUCGCACCCACGAAUAGACCUUCUUCUGGUUUCUUCCCACAUGAUGAGAGGAGGUUUUCUGCGGGGGAAGGCAGUGUCAGCUCGAGGUUUCGGGAGGACUUGUAA